AUUUAUAAUCGCACGGAGACUGCGUCGCGCGAUUAUUAUCUCAUUAUUUAAGCCACGAUUGCACUGAGAGAUGUAAUAUUCUGUCACAAGACGUAUUUUCCCACUGAUCUGCGCAGAUCGGACGCAUUUUAGCGGAGCAAGUGUUUUCGGAAGGGGUCCUGCGGAUCUCUACGUACACACAUUCAAACAGGAAACCAUCACUCUCAUCUCAAUAAUAUUAUCUAGCGGUUUAUUUGGCUAUUUCAAAAUGCUUUCAGCGUUUAAAUCCAUUCCGACUGAUAUGGACUAUAAAGGACAGAAACUUGCAGAGCAAAUCUUCCAGGGAAUCAUUCUGGUGUCCGCAGUGAUCGGCUUCAUCUAUGGCUUAUUUAUCCAGCAGUUUGGAUGGACGGUUUACAUAAUGCUGGCUGGAUUCACAGUAUCAUGUUUUCUCACUCUGCCUCCCUGGCCAAUGUACAGAAAAAAUCCUCUGAAGUGGCAGCCGGCUGUGCCUGAGGCAUCCGGAGAAAAUCGUGACAAACCUCAAGAGAGCCAGAAGAAGAAGAAGCACAAGUGAUUCAUGACAAUAUUUGAAUUUAGAUUUGGCACAGUAAAGCCAUUUAGAUAAACAAACCUAUGAAAUCCUUUUCAUUUUGUGUCAGUUUUUGAGCAUUCAUCAUGUAAUAAAGAACUGUUUGGUACA